UUAUUUGUGACCGUUAUCUGUUUUCGUCCGUUAUUGGUCAUGUGACCGACCUGUCCUCACGCGCGUCUCUCUCUCUUGCGCGCUCUCUCUCUCUCUAUAUAUAAUGCAUAUGCAUAUAUAAGCGGAUGCAUUGUGCUAAUUAGGCUAGACGUUAGGCUUCACAACUUUGACAAAAAGAAUCUUUGACCUGUUACUGCUCUUAAUGGAUGGAUGAAAUUCGUUCGGUGUUUGUGAUGAAAAUGAAAACAAUAAUUGCUUGAGGUCGUUUCACCUCGUGAAUAAAAGGUUGAUGGAUCCAGCACAGCCUGGGCAAAGCGCCACAUUCCUUAUGCCAUCCACAGGAAAACUUAGUCCAUCUUCAGUUCCCAUCCUGCCCCCUCCGGCUUCAGUCUGCCCCACAACAAAGACAUUAAACCCUCCAGCUCUCAGCACUGCCAAGACAUCAGAAACAUCCCUGCAGGAACGUGGAAGCGCAGCGUCCACCUCUUUGGUGUCCGGCUCUGUUAGCAUCAGCCGACCCAGGCCCACUGCCAAAUCGGGGGUAAAAUCCCCUAGAACCGUGGACCCUCCUUCCAUUUUACCCAUUAUUCCAGUGACAAGCACUACAUCUCAAUCCCCUUCGGAGCCACUACAAGGACGCCGCAGUCCACAGAGCUCACAAAAUGCUCAACUCAACCCCAAAGAUGUUCAGCUCAGUCCAAAUGCCCCUCUAAAUCCAAUUCAGACCCAGCUUAGCCCCAGCACCAAGCCCAGCUCGUUAACUUUCCCUAGUCCUUCUGUGCAACCUAGUCGGAGUGCAAAUACACACUCGAGCUUUCUCCCUAAACCAAACCUAAACGCUCAGUCCAUCCCUAUUCCACAACCCAAUCUCCAGAGCCAAGCGCCAGAGCCGAUCAUCAUAAGUCCCGGCACUGCAGAAAAAGCUUCAUACAACAAGUCCACCAACGAUGACGGAGAUUUUAGGGUUCACAUCGUCACGUGGAACGUCGGCUCAGCGAUGCCACCUGACGACAUCAGCGGGUUGUUCAGUCCAGGAGUCAGUGACGGGAGCACAGACAUGUUUAUCGUUGGGCUGCAAGAAGUAAACUGUAUGAUCAAUAAGAGGCUGAAGGAUGCACUCUUCAUAGAUCAGUGGAGUGAGCUGUGCAUGGACACACUCGGACGCUUCGGUUACGUGCUGGUGGCGUCUCAGAGGAUGCACAGCGUUUUGCUGCUGGUUUUCUCCAAGUUUUGCCACUUGCCGUUCCUGCGCGGGAUUCAGACCCAAAGCACACGGACUGGCCUUGGCGGCUGCUGGGGAAAUAAGGGUGGUGUGAGUGUGAGGAUGAUGAUGUUCGGUCACCCCGUGUGCUUUCUAAACUGCCACCUGCCGGCUCACAUGCGGAACCUGGAGCAGCGCAUCGAGGACUUUGAAAGCAUCCUGCAGCAGCAGCAGUUUGAGGGCGGGGCUGCUGUGGGCGUGCUCGAUCACGAUGUCGUGUUCUGGUUUGGUGACCUGAACUUUCGCAUCGAUGACUAUGAUAUCCAUGUGGUGAAAAGUGCAAUAGAGAACAAUAAACUGUCUGUGCUCUGGGAGAAAGAUCAGCUCAACAUAGCGAAGAAGAGCGAGUCUGUGAUGGAUGAGUUUGUGGAAGGCCCUCUGAAUUUCCCACCGACCUACAAGUUUGACGUAGGAACACACACCUAUGACACAAGUGCUAAGAAGAGGAAACCUGCGUGGACAGACCGAAUCCUGUGGCGUCUCCGCAGGACAGGUUCCCCUGUGCCGUCCCACAAUGCCGCUCUGCAGCGGGGUCUUACCUCUUGGCUUGGCGGAGCCACACGGGUCACUCAGUGUUUUUACCGCAGUCACAUGGGCUACACCGUUAGCGACCACAAACCUGUCUCCGCCCUUUUCUGUCUGCAUUUUCCCUUUAAGCUGGACCUGCCAUUAGUCAAGCUGGAGGUGGAAAAGGAGUGGACCAAAGUGUCGGAUGCGACAGCCAAGUUUACUACAGCGUCGGGUUUCCAGAGGAGCUCCUGGGACUGGGUGGGAUUGUACAAGGUGGGAUUCAAACACCACAAGGACUAUGCAGCCUACGUCUGGGCCAAAUCUGACCAUUCCACUCAGGUGACUUUUCCAGAAGAGGAUUUGCCUAGAGACGCAGGAGAAUACGUGCUGGGUUACUACAGCCACAACAUGAACAGCAUUGUGGGAAUUACAGAACCGUUCCAGGUUCAGUUACCUGUCUGCUCCCCUCCCGCCCCGCCGUGUCCGUCUCGCUCGGACAGUUCGGACGCAAGCUCCGAGGACGACAGCACUCUGGUCCUGCUGGCUUCUAACUCACGCAGCCCGAGUCCCAGGACACGCUCCAAUAAACGGCAGCAGCGGCACCAUCGCAGUCGUAGCCCCGCCGUACCUGCCCUGCAGUCCCUCAGUCUGAAACCCAGAGACUCCCCUGUUUCACCCCGCCAGGCCGCGAACACCAAGAAGGAGCGUCUGUUCUCCCCAGAGUCACCUUCUAUUAGUCCUCUGAGCCCUGCCAAUGGCAUCAGUGUCCCCGAAGCACUGGUGGCCGCCAUCCUGGGGGAACACAGAGCACCUCAGGGCCAGCCCCCUGCCAAGAGCGGGGACUCUAACCGAUGACCACACAUCUGCUGUCCAGGACUUGUAGAAUGCUAAUACAUAACAGCUACAACGUGCGAGAGUCGUGUUUUUUUAGAUGUAGCUCUGACCUGUUGCUGGGUUCACACUGCAGUCUGUCUCUUCAAAUCAGUGCCGGUUCGAGCCUUGCUACUGGGCCUUUUUCUCAUCACAAUCUGCUGUGCUCGUGAGCUUUUUGAGUAUGAAUAAGUAGCUAGCUUGUUAUCUUUGCUAUUGUCUGGAGACCACUGACAUAUCACAAAGUUUAUCAAAUAGCUAGCUGUUGAGUUUCACACUCAUCUGCUCGAACCAUCAUAUACCUUUGACUGUAGUUUCUUAAGCUAGUUAGCUAUUUUGCUAGCUACUUUCCUGAUUACUGAGCUAGUGUUAGCAUCCACGCUUCAGACACUCUCAGUGCUAAACUAAGCAGCUAGCAGCAACCAGCAAUACUGAGUGCUUUUCAGAUGUCUCUUUUUAGCUGAUGGACAGUGUGCCAGGUCCGUGUUUAUCUUGGCGAAUUUUUACAGCAUUUACAGCAACAGCGUGGCAGUUGAUGGAUCAUAGUUAAGGAAUCAGCAUACAUUUGGUUCAUGUUCUUCCUACUGUAUAUGAGCUGAAAAUGUACGGAUUGGAGUAAAUUAUCCUGCAGUAUUUUCUACAGAGAUCAUAAGUCUGAGCUGUUUUCAUGAGAUCAUUCAGAAUUAUUAAAUAUAAGCACAGUGGCUCAGUGGGUCGUACUUUUACCUCUGAGGUUGGAGCUUUGAUCUCCACCAAUCUCUGCCAUCAGUCUGCAUGAAAACUUCAGAAGUUUCCUCAAGGUACUCCAGUUUCCUCCCCCAGUCCAUAGGUUUAUUGGCAUCUUUAAAUUGUCUGUAGUUUGUGAAUGGGUGUAUGAUUGUGCCCUAUUACAUGUUGGCACCCCGUCCAGGGUCUCCCCCAUUAUUUUGCCUCGAGUCACCUAGGAUAGACUCCAGGCUUCUCGUGACGCAGUAGUAUAAGCGCUACUGAAAUAGGAUGGAUGUAUUUUAUAUAAUAUAUUUAGUAAAAGGCAUAUGUACAUUUGUGCUGGAAAGCAAAGAUGCCCUAAAAAUGAUGUAACAGCUCUAAAUUGAACAAAGUCAUUAUUUAUUACGAGCACACUUUGCCUUUAAAUAUUCUUCAGUAGCCUCAAGUACUUCCUCCAAAUUUCUAAGAAUGUUAGCAGGUAAAGUGUUUCUCUGUAUCUUGGAGGUCCUGCAACAGUGCUUCUGAAAGCUAGUAUUUUUUGUCUGAAAAUUUUUCUGAAACGUUUCAGUUUUGUUGGAAAAUAUAUAUCAGGAUGCCUAAGACUUUUGCACUGUAUUGUAUGUAAUAUUUAUAUGUAUUGCAUUUAGGGGUUCUUUGGGUUAACAGGUCACAUUGUAGGUCUAAUGGUCAGGGUCUGGGAAUGUUAUAGCUAUAUCAUUUCAAUUUCUUUAACUUUGACAGAUGUAUGACAUCCCCUUUUUCCUCUGGUAUGAACUUCUCUCUGCCAACCUCAUCAUUUUUAGCACUGAUUUCCUAAUCAGGAUUGAUGAGAUGAGGUGCUUUUACCAACUAUACUUGAUUUGCCAAGAUAUACACAGGCCAUAAUUCCAGUACAUUUCCAUCUAUACGCCAAGAUUCAUUUCUGAAAUAGAUCCCUGGUCGCAUUUGAGGCAUGAGCUCAUGCUUUUUGCACACGUCGUCUCUAUAUAUCUCUGUCUUUUCCUUUUCAACUCGUAUAAGUCCAUAAAUGAAGCAGACGCCAUAGAAAUCAUAUUUCUAUGGCAAUCAUAGUCAAUGCUUUAUUUUAGAUCAUAAUCAACAAAGAUAUCAUGAUUGUGCAUGGUGUAGUUUCAUAGCAAAGUGUUUAGACCGGUGUUAUCGGUGUCUCUCAGUCUGAUUUGAUGUGUUGUAAUUUUUCUGUGCGUAUCAUCCGCGAUUUUUUGUCAUUCGCUUUCUUGAUAGUAGUGCUGUGGAUGGGACAGGCUAACGCUAGCUCUGCGUGGACAAGAGGAAAAGAUCAGAUACUAAAACGAAUAGCUUCUUUCAGUCGUCAGGCGCUAGAGCAAGUGGCAGAGAGGGCUCUACUGUACUGUACUAUGCACACUAAUCUACACUUAUAUUGCCAAAAGGGAACAGGAAGCGGUCAUCCCCAAACUGUUCCCAUAAAGUUGGGAGCAUGAAAUUGUCCAAAAUGUCUUGGUAUGCUGAAGCAUUAAGAGUUCCUUUCACUGGAACUAAGGGGACGAGCCCAACCCCUGAAAAACAACACCUGAAUUCGAUGAUAUGGAGGGGUGUCCCAAAACUUUUGCCAGUAUAGUGUACCUGUGUAGUGUGUAUAGUGUGUAGAGGACGGACCGGCACCACUUCGAAUACCCACCUGAGGCUUAUAAAUGUUAUGUAAUGUAUGUGUGUGUGUGGGUGGGGGAGGGGGGCUGUCAUGUUUAAUUUUAUUCAUUCUUGCUCCGAAAUCUAGUCAUGACUUGUGAUCGUAUGCAGAAAAGAUAUCACGUGAUUUCUUUUAAGCCUCAUAAUCCUGGAGAAUCUGAAUGAACUUUCAUGUUGUUUGUGAAGAAACCCCCCCACAAAAGCCAUAAUCUCCAGCCUUAUUGUUAAAUACAGCUACCAAAACACAGGUCACCCUGGUGGACCUAUCUGGACAGUGCAACUAAUGUGACAUCAUAAAAAAAGUGAUCAGUUAAGGCAAAUUGGCAUCGAUCAGUUUAGACAAGUAAUAAUGGAGCUGGAAAACAAUUCACCAGCUGCUGAUUUUGGUCGACCAGUUUGACCAGGUCAGCUUGUGUUUUGGUAGCUUAUCAGACCAAGCUGGAUGUUUCAGCAGGGAGUGCAAUCCGGACAAACAGGAUCCAGCUUUUAUUGAUGUCUUAUAGUAGUAAAGGUGAGUCACAUGUAACAAAAAGAACUAUUUUCUUUUUAAUGUCAGUAAACACCUUAAUUGCAUAAAACCCAACAGGGUGCAAUAAUAAAUUAUAUAUAUUUUUAAUUAUUAUUAUUUUUUUCGACUAGAAACCUAAGGGGGGGUGCAAAUUUUUUUGCACUUUACGCUAGCGUAUCUCCACAGCCAGACCCAAACACAACCAAACAAACAAAUAACUCAAUAUAAUUAAUCUAUGACCAUAGAAUACUACUGUACACUGGUUUUUAUUAUCUGCAGUGUCGAAACGACGGUCUCGUUUUUUCAGGGAGUGAAAUGAAAUGUACAUGAAGUGUAGCUGUCCUCUGAUUUUCUGCACCGUUUCGAGUCACGAGAAAGUCGUGCGAGAGCCUGUGAACGUUCCUGCAGUGUGAGAGCUUCAAUACAUUGUGCAAAAUAAAAAAAAAAAAAGAUAUCUUAAAAGACCGUGUUUUCAUUUAUAAACGGGUAAAUUGUGACUUUUA